AUAACAACUUGUUAAAAAACAGGACGAGUUACAUGCUUGCUUACCUUUGAUGCGGUGUUGUAUCUCAACAAAUUGUCUGUGGUCUAAAAUAAUUUCCCCACGGAAUAUUUUUUCAACAAACAAGUAUUGUUAGGUUAAGUAAAGUAAAGAAUUAAAUAAAGACAGUGUUGCUUAUUAAAAGUACCAAGUACAUUAUUGUCAAUACCUUUUAUAAGGAAAACCUAAAUUAUUAAUUUAACAUCAACAACCCUUUUUUUAGAGAAGGUGAAAUAUGACUACUAGACCGAAAGGAUCCGAGUCUGAAAGGUCAGACAGUCCAUCAUCAUCGUCAUCUUCUACAUCAUCAUUGUCUGCUUCAUCUGAGAGUAAGGUUAACGGUGAAAUUAUUACGAAUGGAGAUCACAAGGAAAAUGGUGAAACCAAUAAUGUAAAAUGUAUAGAGAACCCAUGUGCUUCUGAAGUCAAAUCCGAAUGUGAUGUAUUGGAAGGAUCAUUUUUUGGUCAUUUAAAUGGUCAUCCUCUCGAAGAGCCUGUUAUAAUUUAUCAAUUUGAAUUGGCCCAAUAUUUAUGUGGUAGAUUAAUUGGAAGAAAUGGUCAUUUUGUUAACCAAAUUAAAGAAAAAUCUAAUGCCAGUGUUAUUGUUAAUCGUCAUCCACUUUCUCCUCUUUAUAAAAUUUGUAGCAUAGAAGGAACUAGAUCUGAAAUAAGAAGAGCAUUGCGAUUAAUUCGCUCCAGAUUUCCGGUGUAUGAGUUUCCUGAAGUUACAUUGCAACAGAUAAAUGUUAUCAGUCCAUUAUUACAAGCUUGCCAAGUCACCGUACCUCAAUCUUGUCAGCUCCAUCUUCCUGAAGGAGUCUCAUGUGAUGUGAUAUUGUCCAACGUGGUUGAUGCUGCACAUAUUUUCGUUAGACAACCAACACAUCCAACUUAUCCAUCGCUUAGUCGACUGGACCAAUUCAUGAAUGCCACUUACUCUGUUGAUACCCCUCCUGUUCUCUCUCCUCAUCCUGGUGAUAUAUGUGCCGUCAACAUGUGUAAUGCCUGGUAUCGGGCAAUGGUAGUCAGUUUAUUGGAUGACAUGGAAGUUGAAGUCAAAUUUGUUGAUUAUGGUGGCUAUGCUCGUGCACCGAUCUCAUCUCUCAGGCAAAUUAGAUAUGACUUUAUGACUUUGCCUUUCCAAGCCACAGAAUGUUAUUUAGCAAAUGUUAAACCUACUGACGAAAACCAAGGAUGGUCUAAAGAAGCCAACGUUGUUUUUCAUGAUCUCGCUCAAGGACAAAUGUUACAAGCUAAAAUUGUUGCUUAUGCUGAUGAUGGUAUACCUUUGAUCCAUUUACACAAAAUUCAAGGAGCUUCGAGCGUCUUCAUUAAUCAAGAAUUGGUAAAUCGAGGACUUGCUGAAUGGAUUGAACAUCAAAUAUGGGAAUAAAUUGCAUGGUAUCCUGUUAUAAAACGAAAAAAAUCAAGUGACAUUAUUAAUGAUUAAAAGCGAAGACUGUCGAUCAUCAAUCAUCAUCGUAUAUUCAUAUAAAAUAGCUUACGAGUUGAAAAUCAUCCAUAACGACACCAAUAUAUAAAAAUGUUUCAUUUUCAACUUGAAUUUAAAAUUAUUCUUUUUUUGUUUCUCUUUUCUCUUUUUCUUUUCUUUGGUUCAUCAACAAUCAGACUUUAUAUUUAUCAAUUUUGACUAACAAUUUACUGUUAUGCUUGUUGCCAAAAGUAAAUGGCUUAAUGAUAAUCCGUAUGAGAUAAACCUUUGUUUUUUUGGCUUGGUUAAGCUUCAUUUUUCACAUCACCAUUUUUUUCUUGCUGUUUUGAGAUUUGGUUUUAACAUAAGUCUAAUAUUUGAUGAAACAUUUGGUUAUAUUUCAAUGAUAAUAUGUAAACUUAAUAAUAUUUUAAAAAUGUAAUAAUCAGGGGAAAUAUUUAAUUAUUAUUUGAUUGGAGGAAGCAAAAAUUAAUCAAUCAAUGUUACUUGAACGCAACAAAAGAAACCAUUGUAAAUGUUUGUUCACAUUUUAUCACAACAAUUAUAACAAUAUUUUCUGAAUUAUAUUAUUAGAUUAUUAUAAUACUCUAGUAUUAGAUUGAAACUUGAUUAAAAAAAACAAGCAAACAGUUAAUCAACAAUUAGUAAACAAUCAAUCUGUCUAUUAUUGUUGUAAUAAAAGAAGAGCGCAAACAAUAAACAACAAAUGAUAAUCAUUUA